CACUCUUCCCUCCAUCCUCCUCUCUCUCCUCCUUCGUCUUUCUCCCUCCCAUAUCUCGUCUGCUGUCCCUUCUCUUCCCAUGCAGGGCCGCCAGACACGUCCAAUUCGCUGAGAUCAACUCGCCGAUGUGACCGACCUCAUCCCCCCUCCCCCAUUCGUGUCUCGAAUCGUUCGCCUCGAUCCCCAACCGGUGCCAUAAAGGGCCAUGACGCCCUCGCCGCCUGGUUCGCCGACGGGCGCAUCCCCGCGACCCUUGAGUGCCUUGAUGCGCACUCCGAGGAGUACCAGUCGCCUGAGUAUGAGCAGUAAACAAGGCAGUCGCGCCUCCGAUGAGGACAGCAAGACCGCCGUCAAAGUCGCCGUUCGCGUUCGUCCCCCCCUCAAGCCCGACGACCCCGGCUACGAAUUGAUCCCCCAACGAUUCCAACGGUCUAUGGUUCACGUCACGGCCGCCACCAGCCUCGCCGUCGAUGUCCCCCAAGGUCGCAAACUCUUCGUCUUCGAUCGCGUUUUCCCCGAGACCGUGAACCAGGAUGGCGUGUGGGAAUACCUCUGCGAGAGCGUGCAUUCCUUCCUGCAGGGCUACAAUGUCUCCAUCCUGGCCUACGGGCAGUCGGGCGCCGGCAAGUCCUACACCAUGGGCACAUCGGGGCCCAGCGAACAGGGUGACCCCCAGUCGAGAGGUAUUAUCCCCCGCGCUGCCCAGCUGCUCUUCGACCGGUUAGAACCCCCCAAACAGAACCGGAACAGUUCGUCCGGCUUGCGCACGCCCGCCCGCUAUUCGGUCGGUUCCGCCGCCAGCCUCAACCGCGCCAGCGUCGACAAGUCCUGGCAGAUGAAGGCCACCUACGUCGAAAUCUACAACGAACAAUUACGCGAUCUCCUCCUUCCCGAUUCCGUUCCCCAGUCCGAUCGCGGUUCCGUCUCCAUUCGCGAGGAUACCAAGGGUCGCAUCCUCCUCACCGGCCUCCACCAGGUCACCAUCAACUCCAUCGACGACCUCAUGGGUGCCCUCAGUUUCGGCUCCUCCAUCCGACAGACCGACUCCACCGCCAUCAAUGCCAAGUCCUCGCGUUCUCACGCCGUCUUCAGUUUGAACCUGCGCAUGUCCAUGCCCAUUGACGGUGCGUCCGGUGCGCCCGACGCCGCCACCGUCACCGUCGAGAGCAAGCUCCACUUUGUCGAUCUGGCUGGCAGCGAGCGGCUGAAGAACACGGGCGCCUCGGGCGAGCGUGCCCGGGAGGGUAUCUCCAUCAACGCCGGCCUCGCCGCUCUGGGCAAAGUCAUCUCGCAGCUGUCCUCCCGCCAGGCCGGAGCCCACGUGUCCUACCGGGACUCCAAACUGACCCGCCUCCUCCAGGACUCCCUGGGGGGCAAUGCCUACACCUACAUGAUCGCAUGCGUCACCCCGGCCGAGUUCCACCUCAGCGAGACCCUCAACACCGUCCAGUACGCCCAGCGCGCCCGCGCCAUCCAGAGCAAGCCCCGCAUCCAGCAGGUCGCCGACGAGGGCGACAAGCAUGCCUUGAUCGAGCGCCUCAAGGCCGAAGUCAGCUUCCUGCGCCAGCAGCUGCGCCGCGCCGAGGCCAGUCCCGACCGCCGCCGCGGCGACGGCCCCGCCCCGGAGCGCCCCGAGCGCGCCAACGACCGCGAGAUCGGCCUGCAGAACCAGCUGCUCGACGUCCAGGAGAGCUACAACGCCCUCAGCCAGCGCCACGCCCGUCUCAUGGCCGAGCUGGCCCGGGGGUCCGAGGGGGAGAAGACCCGAUCGGCCGAUGCCGCCGACGCCGACCCCGCCCACGACGUCGGCCGCAGCUCCGUCGAGCGCCUGCAACGCUCCCACUCCUUCGCCGAGUCCGUCGAGCAGGUCGUGCUCGAGUACGAGAAGACCAUCCAGAGCCUCGAGUCCUCCCUCUCCGACACCCGUGCCUCCCUGUCCCAGACUGAGAGCACCCUGCUCGAGCGCGAGACCACCUGCGCCUACGUCGAGGCCCUCAACACCCAGCUGCAGGCCCGCGUCCAGAAGUUCCAUGACCGCGAGUCCGGCACCGAGUCCUACCUGCACGAGCUCGAGUCCAAGCUCGAGGGCCACUCGUCCGGCGAGGAGCGUCACGCCGCCAUCGUUGCCGAGCUCCGCAAGGAGCUGACCCGUGCCCGCGACAGCGAGGCCCACUGUGAGGACUAUAUCUCCACCCUCGAGGAGCGUCUGGCCGAGGCCGACCAGGACAUGGAGCUCCUGCAGCGCGAGGUCGACCGCCUGGAGCACGUCGUCGAUCGCCAGCGCAGCCUCGGCAAGCUGGACAGCCUCCUCUACGAGCUCGACUACGUUCAGAACGUUCUCACUGAGGCCGUCGAGACCGCCAUUCCGGACUCCGACGAGGGCCUGGUGGAUCCGAUCCCCGCCACCAUCGAGGAGGAGACGGAGGAGACGGGGGCGGUGGCCCCGGCCGUCGUCCCCACGGCCGACGACGACGACCUCCAGGUGCUGGAGCGCGCCACCAGCCGCCUGGCAUCGUCGCCCCCGCCCGCCGACCGGACGUCGCUCUCGGCCCCCAAGCCCCCCAGCCCCACCCCGUCCGGCGUCGUGGCCGACAAGCUGGAGACCGUGUCGCAGGAACUCUUGGAUCUGCGCCUGCAGCACGAGACCACCCUGACCGACUACGAGCUCCUCGAGGCCAAGUACGAGGACGCCCUAAAGACCAUGGCGGCCCUGCGGCAGGACGCCGCCGACGAGGCCCGUCACGCAGCGGCCCAGGAGCCCGGGGCCCCCGGCGACUCGCAGAGUGGCACACGACGCUCAUUCUCGCAGUCACUGUCCUCGGAAUUGUCCUUGGCCGGGGAGCCUGCGCCGUCGCGCGAUUCCUCCUCUGACGGCCAGACGGAGCCCACGGAGGUGACGGGGACCUCGACCCGCGGCCUCGCCGGCGGCGAUGACCCUGACGCGCUCGCGCGGAUGCGCAAGCUGCUCGGGGAGCACGAGGAGGGCCUCGGCCUCAUGACCCAGCGGUACGCCGCGCUGCAGGCUGAGCACGAGGACACCCUGAGCCUCAUCGAGUCCCUCAAGACCGAACUCCAGCGGCCCAAGUCCACGUCGCCCCCGACCACCCCGGGUUUCAAGACCCCCAUGAUCCGCCGCAAGACGAGCACCAGCCUGAUAUCCACCGUCGAUCGCGCCCACCGCUCCCUGACCUCCAUGCGUGCCAUCGCCACCGAGGAGUUUGGCGACCGCCCCGACGCGCGACAGAACUUUGAGGUCCACCUGGACGCCGCCAUGCACGAGCUGCAGAGCCGCGUCGAGCGCAUCCAGUCCCUCGAGGCCGAGAACCAGAGCGUGCGGAAGGAGAUGGAGAUGAAGUCCACCAUCAUCUCGGGGCUGACCCGCGAGCGGACCAGUCUGCAGGCCGGCGGGUCCUCCGUUGACCCGACCUUCCUCGCCCAGCUCCGCGACCAGAUCGUGCAGCAGGAGACCCUCAUCACCCAGAUGACCGAGGCCCAUGCCGCCCGGGCGCAGCAGCUCCGGGACGAGAUCACGCAGCUUCAGGGCCUCCUCCAGACGCAGGAGGCGGCGGCCCGGUCGCACGACGUCGGCGCCGAGGAGCAGGACCGGAAGAUCGGCGGCCUGGAGGGCGAACUCGCCGAGUGGCAGGGCAAGCACGCGGAUGCCGUGCGGUCCCUGGAGGCGUCCGAACGCCAGCUGAGCGGCACCCUGCAGGACCUGGACCGCGCCCUGGCCGACGUGGACGCGUUGCGCGGCGACCGCACCGCCGCGGACGACGAGCUGGCCGGCAAGGAGGCCGCUGCCCGCGAGCUCGACGAGGAGCAGCGGGAGCAGGAGGCGCGCGUGGCUGAGUUGCAGCUAACCAUCGCGACGCUCACGGCCCAGGUCGCCGCCCGGGACGAGUCGCACGAGGCCGCCCAGCGCGAACUGGCGGGCCUCCGCGCGGCCCAGGGCGACCAGACGGCCACGGCCGGCGACGCGCUCCAGUCUCGCAUCGCCGAGUUGGAGCGCGAGAUCGAGGCCCAGCGCUCGGCCUCCGACGACGGCCACCGGACGGAGCUGGCGUCCCUGCAGGAGUCGCACCGCCAGGAGCUCGUCGAGUUGGAGACGCGGACCCAGGCGGCGGCGCAGGCCAAGCACGAGGCGCAACUGUCGGAGAAGGACGCGGCGCACGACGAGGCUCUGGGGGCGCUGCGGUCGGAGAUCGCCGCAUCGCGCGCGGAGCUCGCGAAGCUGCUGGGCAUGGUCGGCGGGCUGCUGAACGCUGACGUCACCGCCGACAACCUGGCGGACCAGCUGCAGGACAUUGUGGCGCAGAAGCAGCGCUUCUCCGAUCAGUACGCUGAGAUGCUGGGGAUCAACGACGACCUGCGACAGCAGCUGGCGGCCCGGGGUGAGGACGCCGACCGGCUGGACGCGCUCACGCAGAGCAACGCGGACAAGGAGGCCAAGGUGACCGAGCUGGCGCUGCUGGUGGCCACGCUGGAGGACACGCUCCGGCAGAAGGACGACCAGGUGAAGAAGAAGGAGACGCUCCUGGCGGCGGCCACGACCGAGAAGGACAAGAGCGCGCGGCUGGUGGAGGAGCUGGAGGACCAGAUCACCAACAGUUUCGACCAGCACCACAACCGUCUCUCCCUGAUCCAGCAGGAGCGCGAGCAAGCGCUCAUCCAGGCCAACGCCAAGAUCGGCACCUACGAGAAGGAGAUUGAAACGUAUCGGGUGCGCAUUGAGCAGUUGGAGCUCCAAAUCAAGAACACCGCCCCGGAUGUAUCCCACGACCGCAGCAGCUCGUUGACGUCGAAUCUGCGGAAGAGCUCGUCGGCCGCCUCGCUCCCCUCCCCCCCGCCGGCCAUCCCACUGCCGCCGCUGCCGACGAUCACGGCCGGCACCAACGGCAGCAGCAGCGUGUCGCCGCCCAGCUCGCGCCACGCCAGCAAGGAGAUCGUCAACGUCAACAGCCAGCUGGUGGAGGACCAGGAGGCGCGCAUUCGGACGAUGGAGAAGCACCUGCACGCGGAGAAGCAGCUGACGGCGACGCUGGAAGAAGCCCUCGGGGACCUCGAGGCGCAGAGCAACAAGGUCAAGUCGGACAGCGAGGCCUGGAAGAAGAAGGCCUGGCAGCUGGAGGACGAGCUGAGCACGCUGCGCAAGGAGCGCAACUCGCAGCGCCUGUCGCUGCAAGCCGUCGAGGAGGAGCGGAGUGCGCGACGCGAGGCCGAGGCCGCUCGGGCGCAGCUGGAGGAGCGGAUGAACGCUCUGAACAAGAAGAAGAAGAAGAGUACCCUGAAUUGUUUCUAAAAGUUGAGCGUCCCGUCUUCUGCCCCUUCCCUCCUGGUUUCUCGCUCUUUUCUCCAUUUUUUUUCCCCCUUUCUUGGUUUGGUCACCGACACGAUGUUUAUUCUCGACCGCUACUACCCUGUAUUAUGAAUUCCACGUGGAUAUAUUCCCCUUCUGUCCUCCCUUUUGCUGACUUGUUGAUACCUUUUCUGCUUCUGACCUGUCUUGAAUCUUUGUUCUGCACAUUCACCCCCUGCUUAUACUUUGUUCUGUCUUUAUGAAUCUUGAUUGUUUGACGAUGCCAAGCGGUUGGCUCUAUUGCCCGUAUAAU